AUAUGGUGUCUGAACCGUGGGGGAGAGAGAAAGAGCUUGUUGAGAGAUCCAAAUGCUAUUGAAUUGAGUGUUAUUAGCAGGGAAGAAUAGAGAGAUUUUUUUCCGGAGCGCUACAAAGUGAUCAAACUGGUUUUAAGGUUGGUCCCGCAGUGCUAGUCAAUUGACGCUGUAUAGUUUGUGUGGAGAUUCGUGGCGUGCAAUUCCUGGCGCCGACAUUUUACUAUUCUCGCGUUCCCCCGACAUAUUCCUCAGGCAAGGAUCUGGAUAGAGAUCGACCAUGUUCCUUCGUGGACGACGAGGACCCAUCUACGUUGGGUUACUGCUAUCGCUAAUCGCAGUAUGUUCAGGUCACAAUACGACCCCCGACAAUCCAACAACUAUGGCCAAUACAACCGAGUCAUCAGUUACAGGUCACAAUACGACCCCCGACAAUCCAACAACUAUGGCCAAUACAACCGAGUCAUCAGUUACAGGUCAAAAUGAUACGACCCCCGACAGUCCAACAACUAUGGCCAAUACAACCGAGUCAUCAGUUACAGGUCAAAAUGAUACGACCCCCGACAGUCCAACAACUAUGGCCAAUACAACCGAGUCAUCAGUUACAGGCCAGACCACAGAAAAUUCAACGACCAUGGUAAUCACAGAUAAUUCAACGACCAUGGUAAUGACCGAGACUAUGGAAACGACGUCGCCGACGAGUCAGAGCACGACGGUACCGACGAUGACAGAAUCCGUCCCGCCGAGCACGACCGGCCAGAAUGAAACAUCUACUACAGACUCGCCCCCUAAUCCAGCUACCACCCCUAAAAUGGAGGACGAGCCCAUUGUUAACAAUAAUAGGCGGCUAAGAAAUAUGGGUUCUUUCGAUGAUGAUCGCCAUUUUGAGCCUGAAGCAUUUGACGGAUGGUACAAUAACAAAGCUCACCCAGAUUGGGGUGGCGCUGAAUUGUCUAUGACGCGUCGUCUUCCCGUGGCUUACGAGGAUGGGGUCUACGCUAUGGCGGGUACGGAUAGGCCCAACCCGAUGACAAUUAGUAAAGAAACUAUGCAGGGGGUAACGGGAGAACGUUCUCAUCUGAGGAGAACAGCUCUCAUGACUUUCUUUGGCCAACAGGUGGUAGAGGAGAUAUUAGAUGCCCAGCGAGGAGGGUGUCCCAGGGAAUAUGAGAACAUUAAAAUACCCGACAACCACGAAUAUCUGGAGGAACAACCUGACAUCGGCAUCAUGCCUUUCGUCCGAUCUAGGUACAGUUUCAACACCGGCUACUCCCCAAACGUACCGCGUGAACAGUUGAACGAGAUCACACCAUGGUUUGAUGGUGGAUUGGUGUAUGGAACCACAAAGGCUUGGGCUGAUGCCCUCCGAAAAUUCGAGGGUGGUAGGCUUGCAGACAAUGGAGAUAACGGCGAACCACAGUUUCCCGCCGUCAACACCCUUGGUCUACCAAUGGCAAAUCCACCAAACCCGAUCGGAAUUGGCGCAGAAAGGCUGAAGGAUGCCAAACGGUUCUUUAAGCUCGGUAACCCACGUGGCAAUGAGAAUCCUUUCUUAUUAACCUUUGGAGUUCUUUGGUUCCGGUGGCACAACUACUGGGCCGAUAAGUUCAAAGCUGAAACCACCUGGAACGAUGAAAGGAUCUUCAACACUGCCAGAAAAUGGGUUAUAGCAACUUAUCAGAAUGUUGUUUAUUACGAGUGGCUCCCUGGAUAUCUGAAUUUUUCACCAGAAGAUGUUAAAGAAUUUGAAUAUUCAGGUUAUAAAGGAUACAUUCAUCCAGGCAUCACUCAUGAAUUUCAGUCGGCCGCUAUGAGGUUUGGUCAUACACUUGUUCCUCCUGGUGUAAUGCGCAGGAAUGAACAAUGCCAGUUCCGAACAUCUACCAUGGACUCUUCAGGCUUUAAAUCGGGUCAAGAUGAGUUCGAGCAAGCCCAAGGAAACCAUGGAGUACGAACUUGCAACUCCUUCUGGAAUCCUCAGAUUUCUGUUAGAGAGUACGACAUUGAAGAGUUUCUUCUUGGUAUGGCCUCCCAAGUCACAGAAAGAGAAGACAACAUCAUCACAGAGGAUCUACAAAGGCGUGUAUUCGGACCAUUGGAAUUCUCUCGUCGUGAUCUGAUGGCGCUGAAUAUCCAACGAGGCCGUGACCAUGGUUUGCCGGAUUACAAUACAGCUCGUGAGUGUCUGGGAUUAGGACGGAAGAAUUCUUUCGCAGAAAUCAAUAAAAAUCAAUCUGAAUUAGCACCAGGUGAACAAACAUUCAUCGGUACAGAGGAACUGAAACGACUAGAAGCGGUAUAUGAAGGUGAUCUUGACAAAGUAGACAUAUGGGCCGGAGGAUUAAUGGAAACCACGAGCAAUGGACCUGGGGAACUCUUCAGAUUCAUCAUCAAGGAUCAGUUUGUAAGGUCAAGGGAUGCUGAUCGAUUCUGGUUUGAAAACGAAAAGAAUGGUUUAUUCACUCCGGACGAGAUUGCAUUCAUUAGGAAUGUCACAUUAUGGGAUAUUAUUGUAGCUGCCACUUCCAUCAAUGGAUCAGCCUUACAAAAAGACCCUUUCCACUACACAGAGAAUGAUCCAUGCUAUGCUGAGCAUCCAUUCGAGGGUGAGAAUCGAACCAUCAGUGAAACUGACUUGGAACCAUGCACCAAGCUUCAAAUCUUUGACUACUUCACUGGUAGUGAGGUGUCUUAUGCCCUAUCUUUCCUUGCUAUUGGAAUAUGGGUUGUAGGUGUUAUAGCAGUUCUCCUCAUCCUGGCUCAUGUUAGACAACAUCGCAUCCAGGAAGCUCGCAAGUUACAACACAGGAAAACUAGGUCACGUGACCCAAGUAGAAUCAAGACCUACGCAGCUUCUGAAUGGUGUGGAAAGAAGGAAGGGACCAGACAAGUUCAAGUCAAACUAGGACCUGGAAAGAAGAUUCGAAUCACCAACGACCGUGGAAACAAAAUUUUCCGAACUGUUGACCUCACUUCCUAUAACAAGGUUGGGCUGCUAGUAUCCCCUGAUGGUAAGCGACGCUACAUGGUUGUCAAGUUCGAUCGCGAGUACGACAUCGUACUGAAGUUCCCUGACCCUGAGAGCCGUCUAGAAUUCAUUAGCGACCUGGAAGCCUUUCUUGGCAGUGAUGAGGUUGGUGUUGGACGUGAGCGGCAAGAGAUCCGGGAGAAUGAACUUCUCAAGGUUGCAGUCACCAAGGAACAUCGUACCAAACUCUUGGAACAAUUCUUCCUUAUGGCUUUCUCUCAGGCCUUCAAACUUGACUUCGACGCUGAUGAUCUUAACAACUUGGAGAACAAGGAAACCAGGGACAUUCUUGAAUGUGAGCUUACCAAGACUGAAUUUGCUGAUGUCCUCACCAUGAAGCCAGACUCCCUCUUCGUAGAACAGAUGUUCGAGCUCGUUGACCAGGAUAACAGUGGAUCCAUUUCAUUUAGAGAGUUCUUGGAUGUCAUUGUUGUCUUCGCGAAAGGACAACCUGAAGACAAAUUGAAGCUGAUGUUCAACAUGUAUGACAUUGACAGAUCUGGCUAUCUAUCCCGUGAUGAGUUCAGACAGAUGUUGAAAUCUAUGAUGGAGAUGGUCAGUGCUAGCGUUGAAGAGACGGACCUUGACAAACUAAUCCACAAUAUGUUUGAGAAUGCCGGUCUUGGAGACAAGCAAUCCCUUUCCCCUGAUGACUUCAUUGCAGUCAUGGCUGAACACAAGGAAGAGCUCAACAAUGCUAAACUCGAUAUUGCCGGAAACAUCGCCCAAGUACCUGCUCAGAAGGAUGCUGGCCCUCCUGGCCGUGGUGCUGCUACUGUCAUUAGGAGAGGCAACCUUAACAGCCGCGCCCGACAGACCAUUAUCAGAGCUUACAAGGAUAAAGACCAGGAAGGUGGCAAGGCCAAUGGAGCACCCAAGAGUUCUGGUGGUGGGGGAGUAAAGAAGCGUGCCCAGUCUAAGAGCAUCCGUGUUGAGACCGUCCAAAGAGAAGAAGCCAAGACCACAAGCAGCAAGGCUUACAACACCUUUGUCCGCUAUUUUGAAAACAACCGACUUCAAAUCUUCUACGUUAUCCUCUACACACUUGUUCUUGCUGGAGUCUUCAUCGAAAGAGCUUACUACUAUUCCAUUGAGCGUGAAUUUGCUGGUCUUCGUCGUAUUGCUGGUUUUGGCGUCUCCGUGACCCGUGGAGCUGCAUCGGCUAUGAUGUUCACCUACUCCUCCCUUCUGGUUACCAUGUGCAGGAACACUAUCACCAAGUUGAGGGAGACUUUCCUCCAUCGCUACGUUCCAUUCGACUCGGCUCUAGCAAUGCACAAGUACAUUGCCCUCCAAGCCCUCCUGUUCUCAGUUAUGCACACCAUCGGCCAUUCAAUCAACUUCUACCACAUUUCCACCCAGACUGCUGAUGAUCUAACCUGCUACUUCCGCGACUUCUUCCAUCGUUCUCAUGAACUUCCAAAGUUCCACUAUUGGGCAUGGGGUACUAUCACUGGUUUCACUGGCAUCCUACUGGCGUUGAUUUGCGCCGUAAUAUACACCUUUGCCUUCCAGUAUGCCCGUCGUCGCGUUUUCAACCUCUUCUGGUUCACUCAUAACAUGUGGGUCAUCUACUUCAUCCUGAUGUUCCUGCACGGCUCUGGUCGACUUGUCCAGCCUCCAUUCACCCACUACUUUGCUCUUGGUCCCAUCGUACUCUUCACCUUGGACAAACUUGUCAGUGUCAGCAGGAAGAAGGCAGAGAUUGCUGUUGUCCGUGCUGAACUCCUACCAUCAGACGUGACAAUGCUUGAAUUUAAGCGUCCUCAAGGCUUCGAGUACAAGUCUGGGCAAUGGGUCCGUAUUGCCUGCAAGACCCUGUCUUCAAGUGAAUACCAUCCCUUCACCCUGACCUCAGCACCCCAUGAAGAGAACCUAUCCCUUCACAUCAGAGCUGUUGGACCAUGGACCAUGAACCUUAGAUCUACCUAUGAUCCAAACGUAGUGCGUGAACAUCCUCUACCAAAGUUGUUCCUUGACGGGCCAUAUGGUGAGGGACAUCAAGACUGGUACCAGUAUGAGGUGGCUGUGCUGGUAGGAGGGGGUAUCGGUGUUACCCCAUUUGCCUCUAUCCUUAAGGAUAUCGUGAACAAAUCAAGCAUUGGUGCUCGCCUCACAUGCAAGAAGGUCUACUUCAUAUGGGUGACCCGUACUCAAAAGCACUAUGAGUGGCUCACUGAUAUCAUCCGUGAAGUCGAAGACAGUGACACCAACGAUCUUGUCAGUGUUCACAUCUUCGUCACACAGUUCUUCCAGAAGUUUGAUCUCCGAACAACUAUGUUGUACAUCUGCGAGCGUCAUUUCCAGAAGAUCUCAAACCGAUCAUUGUUUACUGGUCUCAAGUCAAUCACUCAUUUCGGACGUCCUCAGUUCACUUCUUUCCUUCAGUCACUCGAGGAUGAACAUCCUGGAGUUGGAAAGAUUGGAGUAUUUAGCUGCGGUCCUCCCGGCAUGACUGGUGGAGUGGAACAGGCGUGUGUAGAUCUUAACAAGUUUGAUGGGGCAGCCUUCAUCCAUCACUUCGAGAACUUCUAAUCGUAGUAUCUGUGAAGCAGUAUCUCUAGCAACGCGGCAGGUCUAGUGCAUUUCUUUUGCCGAUAAAAAUCCCAGCAAAGAUGUAUUUAUGGCAAGGGUAGGCUAUGCCGGGGGAUUUACUGAUGUUAUUUCUUGAUCAUGAUGGAUAAUUGACAUUAUUUCUUAUUUAAACUAUAGCAACUAGUAAAGAAUGAAUACAAACACAUUUAUUGCGCAUUAUGUUUUAUGUUCACUCUUGAUUGUAACAUAUAAUGGUUAAAUGUUACCUUAAAGGCAGGACAUGAAGUUUUGGGGUGGUGUUUUGUCUUACAUUUAUUUUGUGUGUUUGUUUUUGUCUGGGAAAUGACAUGAAAUUAUGCAUUUUUAUACCAAGAGAGCUUGUAAAUGUCUUCCAAGAAUUCCAAAUCGUGCUUAACUUGGUCUAUGAAAUGUGUUUUUAAAAGUACUACACUGCAUUUAUAGCAUUCUAUUUUUCUAUAAAUAUGUAACUUGACAAUGGUUUUAACAUUGUGCAUUGUCCAUAGAAAUUGGUACUUAAAAAGGAAAUUGGGGUGCAUUGUCGCUCUCAUUAAAUCGGCACUGUAGAUAGCGACGUAGAUGUAGACUGUGGACUUAAAACACGAUAAGAGGCACAAGAAAUUUGACCAAAAUUACUAUAAGAAUAAUAGUACUACAUCCCAAGCAAAUUAUGAUUAUAGAAGAAGAAUGUUACAAUAACAUACACGCACGAGUCGUUCUGUGUUUAGUUGACACGAGAGACGUGUGUUGAAAAUGUAAGUCUUACAUCCUAAAUAUUCAGAUAAUCAGUGUGAAAAAUUCACGAUCCUUUUUUUCUUUAUUAGAUGUUGCAAUGUGCUGUUAGUGAAUGCAUGUUUGACGACUGGUGAUAUCAAAUAUAAAUAUAGUAGAUCUAUUUAUCACUUUGGUGGAAAAGAAUGAAAUACUUGACUUCACCUAAUGUUUCAAAAACUUAGUGAGUGCGUUUAUGCUUCAGGAAAAUAUUGUGACUUGUCUUUUUGUCAGUCAAUUUGCAUGUUUUGUAGUAUGUAUUAUGUGAAUUAGUAGUGGGGUUGUUAUCAGGACGACAUGUGUUUGAGAAUAAAGAACAUGUUUAAACAGUUUAUGCUAUAUUUUUUAUACUGGGAAAGUAAACUAGAGUAUCAUGCAAAAUUAUCAAAAUAUACUGAAUAUAUGGAUUUAAUAUUGAUUGGUUAUACGUGUCUUUACAUUUAAACAACUCUCAACUACAAAUUGAAAUACCUUUAGCUCUUUCGAUACAUAACUGAUGUGCAAUUUUAGCAGCGAAAGAACCUUUUGUAAGAGAGACCCACUAGUUUCAAGUCAUAAAUAUGAUUGCUGACCUAGUCUUUCAAUUGAACCAUAACAGUCCAUACAUAAAUUUAUAUUAUAAAUUACAGUGUAACCUAUUACGCACUCUGUGUUGUUUAAAAGUAAAGAAGAUGUAUAUAUUCGUGUCAUGUCAUAAAAAAUACAUAAACAGAAGCCGUAAUGUUUUGGUGUAUGUUCUCACAGGUAACAAUGACUAACGACAAGUUAUUUGUAAUAAGCUAUAAAUACAUAUAUAACCAGAUUUGAUUAUAUUUUGUUCUUUUGUUCUUGUCUCCCAGAUGGUUUAGUAAAACAAAUAUUUCGGACUCUAUGCAUAAAAUGUACAGACUUAUCUGGGAGAACGGAGUUUGUCAAUUUUUGUAGCGGUCGUUGGAUGGACAAAUAAAAAGAAUUUCAUGUAGAUGAUCAAUUUUCA